AUGCAGAGCUCUUUUUUAUAGAAUGGCGCUCUAACUGACAUCUUUGAUUCAGUAAAAGAUGUAGAUAUAUAAAUCUUUGGUGUCAUAUUAGAAAUAUUAAGAAAGGAGAUAGAUAAAGAUUGCAUUGGAUUUUUAUUAGAUAUUGGGAAUCAGAAACAAUUAGAAUUAUAAAUUUUAUAAUAAGUAGGGAAUAUUACCCAAGCUGAUAAAGAAUAAAAAUUGUCUCUAGUAAGAGAAGACAUCAAAAAAAUGACAGAUGUCUUAAAAAAAUUAAAAGAUCAUGACUUCAACAACAAAGACUUUUCCUCUGAAGAAAAUGAAGAAUCUAAAUUAUUUCUAAUUAAUAGCAUCAAGGAUAAUAAAUAGAUCAUAGAAUUUCUGUAAUUUUUAGUUCAUCUCACAUCCAUAGAUGGCACUUUAAUUUAAUGUGGGUCUAAUUCAUUACAUACCUUAGUUUAGAUGAAGGUUGAUAUUAGGAACCAGUCCUUAGAGAAUAUCAGAAUAAAGAAUACUUCUGUAAUUGGAGGAAAUUUUGUAAGAUGUAACUUUAGUGGAUCUGAGUUUGAUAAUGUAGAUAUCAGCGGAUUGAAUUUGAAUGGUGCUUAACUAUUCAAUUGUUAAUGGAAGAACUUGAAAAUCCAUGAAUUGAAUAAAUUAAAUGGUCAUAGUAGCACUGUAAACUAAGUCUGUUUCUCUCCUAAUGGUAAUACAUUAGCUUCUGCAGGUGGAAGCGGAAUUCCUUGGGUAUAAGGAGAUGACUCUAUCCGUUUAUGGGAUGUCAAAACAGGAUAAUAAAAAGCCAAAUUAGAUGGUCAUCAUAGAAGUAUAUAGUCAGUCUGUUUCUCUCCUGAUGGAAAUACAUUAGCUUCUGUUAAUUAAGAUAACUCUAUCCGUCUAUUGAAUAUCAAAACAGGAUAAUAAAAAGCCUUAUUAAAAGGUCAUGAUGAUUUUAUCAACUCAGUCUGUUUCUCUUCUGAUGGAAAUACAUUAGCUUCUGGCAGUUAUGAUGAAUCUAUCCGUCUAUGGGAUGUCAAAACAGGAUAAUAAAGAGCCAAAUUAGAUGGUCAUUCAUGUACUGUCAACUAAGUCUGUUUCUCUCCUGAUGGAAAUACAUUAGCUUCUGGCAGUUAAGAUAAGUCUAUCCGUCUAUGGGAUGUCAAAACAGGAUAAUAAAAAGCCAAAUUAGAUGGUCAUCAUAGAAGUGUUAAGUCUGUCUGUUUCUCUCCUGAUGGAAAUACAUUAGCUUCUGGUAGUGAAGAUAAGUCUAUCUGUCUAUGGGAUGUCAAAACAGGAGAAUAAAAAGCCAAAUUAGAUGGUCAUACUCAUUAUGUCUAGUCAGUCUGUUUCUCUGCUGAUAAAAAUACAUUAGCUUCUUGUAGUAGUGAUAAGUCUAUCCGUCUAUGGGAUGUCAAAACAGGAUAAUAAAAAGCCAAAUUAGAUGGUCAUUUAAAUCCUGUCAUGUCAGUCUGUUUCUCUCCUGAUGGAAAUAUAUUAGCUUCUGGUAGUGAAGAUAAGUCUAUCCGU